GUCUGAGGACGGAUUCUGGGGAUGGAUGCACGGAAUGAUCCUGAACCGCGCACUUCAAAGCAGAUAAAAUGGCAACACCGGCCCCAACAGAGUCACGCCGCUCAUGCCUUCCGGGGACCAGAGGCGCUGUCCCCACGCUGAAGCUGGAGAGGAACUCGCCCCAGCAGGGUGCUCCAGGGGCCUCCGGAACUCUGGCCGCAGCCCCUUCCCCGGGGACCCCCAGUCCCCCCCAAACCCUCCCCCAAGCCCCCCGGCCCCUCCGCCCCCGCGUCCCCGCAGGCUCCGAGGCUUCGCGGUGCGGUUCCCUCUACGGGUCCCGGGCCCGCGCUCCCUUCGCCCCCCAGGCCGGGACGUCCCCCUCCUCCAGCCGGCCGAGGGGCGCCAGCGCGGCGGAGGGGGCGGGAGGCCGGGCCGGGGCGACAGCUGGGGGGGCGGCCCUGACCUUCCCGGGAUCGCUGGGUGCGGCCGGGCCGUCCCCUUUCCGGGCGCCGCCAUAAAGGGGCCUCGCGGGGCCUGGGCCGUGGCCGCAGCGCUCAGCUCCCGCGCCCCGACCCCGCCAUGGCCCCCCGGCCCGUCCUGCUGUUGCUGCUGCUGCUCCUCGGGGGCUCCGCCGCGCGCCCCGCGCCCCCCAGGGCCCGGCGACACUCGGACGGGACGUUCACCAGCGAGCUCAGCCGCCUGCGGGAGGGCGCGCGGCUCCAGCGGCUGCUGCAGGGCCUGGUGGGGAAGCGCAGCGAGCAGGACGCAGAGAACAGCACGGCCUGGUCCAGGCUCGGCGCGGGUCUGCUCUGCCCGUCAGGGUCCAACAUGCCCACCCUGCAGGCCUGGAUGCCCCUGGACCGGGCCUGGUCUCCCUGGCUGCCCCCUGGGCCCAGGCCUGGGGUUAUGGUUUCAGAACCAGCCGGCACUGCUGCAGAAGGAACCUUGCGGCCCAGAUGAGGAAGGAACCCCCUCACCACCUGCCCGGCUGAGGAGCGCAGCGGCAUUUGGGGUGGGGGGCGGGCUGGGGGAGAGGGGGAGGGGUGGUACUUGGCACCAAUAAAGGAGGAAUCAGACCCAGA